CAUGCGGGGGCCGGAAGUCAAGGCGAGGGCGGAGGUGACUCUGCUUCCGUUUCUAGUUUUGCUCCAGUGUUUGGGUUUUCUUCGUGGCCGCCCAAGAUGAACCGAUUCUUCGGAAAAGCGAAACCCAAGGCUCCGCCGCCCAGCCUGACUGACUGCAUUGGCACGGUGGACAGCAGGGCAGAAUCCAUUGACAAGAAGAUUUCUCGACUGGAUGCUGAGCUCGUGAAGUAUAAGGACCAGAUCAAGAAGAUGAGAGAGGGUCCAGCCAAGAAUAUGGUCAAACAGAAAGCCUUGAGGGUUUUAAAGCAAAAGCGGAUGUAUGAGCAGCAGCGGGACAAUCUUGCCCAACAGUCAUUUAACAUGGAACAAGCCAAUUACACCAUCCAGUCAUUGAAGGACACCAAGACCACGGUUGAUGCUAUGAAACUGGGAGUAAAGGAAAUGAAGAAAGCAUAUAAACAAGUGAAAAUUGACCAGAUUGAGGACUUACAAGACCAACUAGAAGAUAUGAUGGAAGAUGCCAAUGAAAUCCAAGAAGCGCUGAGCCGUAGUUAUGGCACUCCAGAAUUAGAUGAAGAUGACCUAGAAGCAGAGUUGGAUGCACUGGGUGAUGAACUUCUGGCUGACGAAGACAGUUCUUACUUGGAUGAAGCAGCAUCUGCACCUGCAAUUCCAGAAGGCGUUCCCACUGACACAAAGAAUAAGGAUGGAGUCCUGGUGGAUGAAUUCGGAUUGCCACAGAUCCCUGCUUCAUAGACUUGCAUCAUUCAAGUACAUCGUGUAAAAUAAACACAUUAUGUGGGAAAUAUUUAUCUUUCCAAAUUUACCAUAACAGAGUUAGGUUUCUUUCCUUUCUCCAAAGGAAAGUUUAAUUACAUUGCUCUUUUAUUUUUUUCCGUUAAGAGAUUCAUUGUUUGGGGGAUGCUUUCUUCAUACUAAAUUUUUAUUUCCUUUCUCUUAUGAAAGACUAACUUACUUAAAAGUGUCAGUGGCUAUUUAUGACUUGUUUUCAUUUAUUAAUAAUAAUUUGAAAUAAAACCAAGGAAAUUGGAUCUUUCAAUUCUAAAAUAGUGUAAUUCCACAGUCUCAUAUUGACCUGACAUUGGUAAGAAAAAGAUGAGAUUAUUGGGACUGUUCAUACUAUGAUUCAAAACCAUUUUCUAUUGUGGUAUUAUAGGUUGGUUAAAGUGAUAGCCUUUUUUGAUGGGUUUUAUUGUGUCUUGUGAGUAAAUCAUUACUAUGUCUGAUAUUGGAAUGGAAUUUAUCACUACUGUAUCAUGAGUGGAUAUUUUGAUUCUGUGGUUCCCUCAGUAUUACAGCCUGACUUGUAAUCAAUAAUGACUAUUUCUUGAUAUUUAAUGUAUAGGACAUUUAUUUAUACUCAAUAAAUAUUUUUCAAAAGGAUAUAAUUUUAAUAAUAUCACUUCAGCCUAAAACUUCUGGUACAGAAAAAACAAUAUAAGUUUAAUGUUGAUUUGCCUCAAAACUUUACUGCAGAAAUGAAAUAUAACUGCUAGCAUCAGAGGAAAGAACAAAGAACAAUCCAGGCCUGGGCCCUGGUCUACCAUCUAAUAACUAAGCAGCAUACUCACUUUGCUAAACUUCUGUUUCCUUAUUAGUACAAUCAUGCUUAUCUUACAGGCUUUUGCAAGGAAUAAUUGAGGUAAUGAGUAUAGUUGACUCUUAAAUAAUACAGGUUUGAACACAA